CUCGAGACGACGUGCUAAAAGACCGAUUUUCAUUUUUUUCGAGAUUACUGCACGUUAUCAGUGAAGGUAGGCAUCCAUGUUUUUGCAGAGGAUUGUCACAAUUUCCGUAACAGACUUCCACCGACAUUCACAGGACUAUAGUCCGUAUCUGGAUGACGGGGAGGAUAUCGCAAACUCUGUGCGAGGAAACGAGACGGCCCGCUUCUUCGGUCUGUCCACCAGCUCUCAGGACCUGCAGCUGGGCCUGCAGUUCACGGUGCCGUUCCUCUCCAUCCCGCUCGGCUCUCUGGUGGGCCAGUACGCCGACUGGUCCACCAUGCUCUCCGUCAACUGGCCCAGCCUGCUGGCGCUCGGCCUGACCGUGUUGCUCGCCAUGGUGGCCGUGCCGUGGCUGGUGGGACAGCUGGGCGGCACCACCAGCGGACUGCCGUCCUUCCUCAACCUCAGCAACCUCGGCAAAAUGGCCGGCUAUGGACGAGCCGAUGACGGUGAGGAGACCACGACGGGUCUGAUGGCGCGCCUGGACGAUACGCUGGCCCAGUACGACAUCGACUCGACGGCGUGCAUGCAGCGGGGCGUGUGCACCUACGUGCGCGAGGCUGCACUCAGCGUCAAGGAGGGUCACGCCGAGUCACACGACCUCCUGCUCGAGGGUCUGGUCAGCAACUCGUAUGUCAGCUCAUGGCUGAACGGCACCUCCAUCCUGGAGGCCGCUGAAGCGGGUCGAUCGGGGGCCAACUGUGCCGCCACGUUCGUCAAGUGUCCGCUGACGGCCAACAGUGUCUACCUGGCGCUGGCCAAGUUCAUAGGGAAUACCGUAUAGACCAGCGCUCAACGGGAGCAGAGCAGUCUACGAGCGAAAGGGAUGUGAAGCUGGAGAAGUGGGCGCGAGUGGAUAGAUGGACGUUGAGGCCCGGAACAGGAGGAAAAUUAAUUUUUGUUUUUCGUGUGAGUUUUCAUGCGAGUUUCAUGCUCUCCAUAAAGGCUCAAUUCACAAAAGCAUGAAAGUUGCCGAAGGCUUAAAAACCUGUAAUGAAAAAUGGUUAGGAGCAGGGCGAGUUUAGUGACAAAUGCUCAACUCAGGAACUUAGUGAUGAUAGUCGUCAAACCACAAUGAAUGAUUUGAAAACUGAGCCAGUUGACAGUCAUCGUCUCAUGACAGAAUAGUGCAUGCAUGCGGUGUUAGCACUCGAAGUCGGACGGUCCAAUGUUUUUAAGUGUAGUUGUGUGUCUUGAUACGUGUUGUCUAUGUGUAGAGUGUAACUGGCGUUUCAUGAAAAGCUGCUGGCAAGUCGCAGCUAUCGCAGCCUUUACUGUCUGCCUGUGCAUGCAGCGCCUUUGUAUUUGUUAUUCACGUUGGAGACGUGUUGUGACGUUUUAUUGUUAAGCGUGAGUGAUAACAAUAAACAGAGAAACAUGCGAUGUAGU